AUGUCUGACGUUUCUGGCCUUGGCCGAAAGGCGGCGCGUACCGCAGGCCUCAUCUGGCCGCUGCCUCAGAGUCACAAGGUCGGAUCCGGCGUGCUCUUCCUGGACGCGGGCACCUUUUAUUUCACAUUCUCAGCGUCAGUGUCGUCAACGUCGACGGACCCUUCGCCGACGGACCCUUCGCCGACUUCGGUGACAGCGACAGCAACACCACGGCCAGGCGCACACUCGCCCUGUCCGCUGGUGGAGCGAGCGAUGCGGCGUUAUCGCGAACGCUGGCUGUUCGGCGACUGCGCCCCCCGGCACUCGAGCGAGGCCGACGUCGCAAGAGCUCGGGCUCAGGCGAAGCUGCGCUGGGAUCGGAGCAGGCACGGCGACGACGCAUCUCUCUGGGGCACGCUCAUGCAGGCACUGAUCGUCAACCUCAGGGGCCCUUGCGAAGACAGCCCACACGAAAACAUGGAUGAAAGCUACCACCUAGUACUCUCACGUUCGCAACCGUCGGUACUGACCUCCCGCUCUGCAUGGGGCCUUAUGCGCGGCCUGGAGUCCUUCAGUCAACUCGUGCGCCGGUACAACGCCACACAUUUCUGGGUCAAUGAAAGCGAGGUGGUGGACGCUCCCAGAUUCUCGCACCGUGGUCUACUCCUGAACACCGGCAGCCAUUUUCUUCCCGUCGCUACCAUCGUCGAAGCACUGGACGCCAUGGCAUCUAACAAGAUGAACGUGCUUCACUGGCGGAUCGUGGAUGAAUAUUCUUUUCCUUUCGUCAGCCAAGCGUUCCCGGACCUCAGCUUGAAGGGGGCGUACAACCCGGAGACACUGGUGUACCAGCCUUCGGACGUUGACCGGGUCAUCAACGAGGCCAGGGACCGAGGGAUCCGGAUAGUGCCCGAGCUGGGCAACCCCGGUCGCACGAAGUCGUGGGGCAGGGCGUUCCCUCACCUGCUGGCCAACUGUGAGGAGGAAGAAAGCAGCGGAAGCGUGGGCUCGCUCAACCCGACACAGAAUGCUACGUUCGAGUUCCUGGAUAGGCUUUUGGCAGAAGUGGCACGCCUGUUCCCCGAUGACUACCUGCACCUGGGCGGCGACGAGCUAGGCCUCGACUGCUGGAAGUCCGACAUCGAAGUUGCAAAGUACUUGAAGAAAAUGAACAUCUCCGGAAAUUACAGGGACCUUCUGAGGCGCUAUUACAAAAGAGCUGUAAUGGCGGCCAUGAGGCGUCGUUCAUGUCCAUCGAGGAACGAGGCCGUGUGGCGGAUGGCAGCCUCCAUCUCCGGGGUGGGGGCAGGUUCGGUAGAGGACCGCCUCUUAUGUGGAGGGCUGCGGGAGGAGGAGGCGGCACGAGAAGACGCGGCCGAAGAGGAGGCGGACAUGCGGGCGGGAGGUGGUGGCGGUGGGGGCGGGAGAGCGAUAGAGUAUUAUGCCGCGGAGGGCGUUGUCAGGUGCGGUUACAUAAGCUCGCAGUUGGUACAGCUGGGUGGCGAGACGCAACUCAGAGGUUCGCACAUACUGCCGGGAACAGCCAAGCAAAAGGCCCUGGUCGUCGGAGGCGAAGUUGGUGUCUGGGAUGACAGCGUUGAUCGCACUAACCUGAUAGCCAGUACUUGGCCUGCGGCAUCACUGGCGGCGGAGAGACUGUGGAGCCCAAAGGAUCUGACAGACCUGAACACCGCCAUGACCAGACUUCAGGAGCAUCGUUGUCGGAUGCUCAGGCGAGGCCUCGAAGUGCAGCCGCUGACGGGACCGGGGUUUUGCGAAUGUGACCACGUGGCAUAGACAGUAUUCCCCUGCCACGGUCCUUCGCUGUGCUCACUUAAUGUGCAAUAGUGUUUCGUGCUUAUUUCUGGACAAUUGUUGAUCUAUAAUUAAGCUGUUUAGUCACCUUCAAAUAAUGUAUAAUCACAUGUCAUACCUGUAUCAUAUGAUUAUGUAAAUAUGCCGUAUUUUAAUCU